AUGUCUGCUCCCAAAGGUCCGUCGCUCUUUCAGUGUAUUAUUGGACUGAAGGACAUUUUUCAAGCUCACGCCGGCGCAGACAAGAAGCUCAACAAAACCGAGCUGAAGGAGAUGCUCAAAGGGGAGCUGUCUCAGACAGGAGACGACGCGAUGGUGAGUCAGAUGAUGCAGACGCUGGACGUGGACAGAGACGGUCUGCUCGACUUCAGCGAAUUCCUGCUGUUUGUGGUGGGGAUGGCCUGCGCCUUCAACGGCCAGACUUUCCAGAGAUAA